UGUGUGAUCGGAUUCCGGAACGGGGCGUCCCAGCCAUCCGCGCCCUGAAAUGGGCUCAGGGAGCCGAGUGGGAACGGGGAAUAACGAGAUCAGGCAUUGGAGACAUUUGUUUCUGAGUCAAAGCUAUCUACAAAACCAUGGCUAAUACAAGAGCAGUACUUGAUGCUGAAGAGUACCCCAACACUGAGGUACAGAAAAACCGAGUGCUAACUCUGGAAGAAUGGCAAGAGAAGUGGGUGAAUCACAAAAUUGCAUUUCACCAAGAACGAGGACAUCAGCUAUUAAAGAAGCAUUUGGAUACUUUUCUUAAAGGCGCGAAAGAACUGAGGGUAUUUUUUCCUCUUUGUGGAAAAGCAGUUGAGAUGAAAUGGUUUGCAGACCGAGGACACAGUGUAGUUGGUGUGGAAAUCAGUGAACUUGGGAUACGGGAAUUUUUUACGGAGCAGAAUCUUUCUUACUCAGAAGAACAAAUUAUGGAAAUUCCUGGAGCCAAAGUAUUCAAGAGUUCUUCAGGGAACAUCUCAUUGUACUGUUGCAGUCUUUUUGAUCUUCCCAGAGCAAAUAUUGGCAAAUUUGACAGAAUUUGGGAUAGAGGAGCAUUAGUCGCUCUUAAUCCAGGUGAUCGCAAACGCUAUGCAGAUAUAAUGUUGUCCCUAACAAGAACUGGGUUUCAGUACCUCUUGUCUGUUUUUUCUUACGAUCCAACUAAACAUGCAGGUCCACCAUUUUACGUUCCAGAUGCUGAAAUUAGAACAUUGUUUGGUUCAGUGUGCAAUAUUCAUUGUCUGGAGAAGGUUGAUGCUUUUGAAGAAGGACAUAAAAGUUGGGGAAUUGACUACAUUAUUGAAAAGUUAUAUCUAUUUAUAGAAAAGUAAAUGAGACGUAAAUAGAAGCAAGUAAUAUCAACAUGUUUUUGAGCAAUUGAAAAUUGUGCUAAGGCAUGAAAAUAUAAUAGGUGACUUUUGGAAAAAAAUUCUUCACAAAUCACAUCACAGAUCUUUGCUCAAAAAUGCUUAUAACUUUUUAGGAAAAAAAACAUGUACUUUGGAAAAGAGACUGAUUGGGGGGGCGAAAGAUUAUACCUGUGUGUCUUACUUACAGAUUGCAAGAAUUUUUUACAAUCAGCAUGUAUUACUUGUAUAAUUAAAGAAUAAAAGAAAAAUAUAAUGCAUAUAACUUAAAUAUAAUAGACAGAAACAUUGGCAUUCUUUACGAAAUUUAGAACCAUUGAGUAAAUGUAACACUUUAAUGGGGUCCAAGGUAAAAGAUAAUGGUCUAAGACAUUACAUAAACAUUAAUUUUUACUGUAAACCCUCAUAUUGUACUCAAUCCUAGCACUCCUUUUCACAUUUUUUCUCCUUAUAUAAUUUUAUAUAUGGCAGAAUGAAGAAAUAAACUUUUAAAUUAAUGAAAUUAACCAAUCUAUAUGGAAAAAAUAUUUUUCCCAAACUGUAAAAAGUAUCUUUAAAAGUUGUUUUCUGUGUUUGGCAGUUUUUUGUUUCUUGUAAUUUAAUCUUGUUUAAAUGAUAGUCUUACGAAGUGCAGUGUACUUAGGGCUGGAUUCAUGUCUGUUCAUUAUGAAAGUUUAGAUUCAAAACUUUUCAGUUUUUCAUUAAAAAUCACAUUUUGAUAAA